GGCCGGGUCGGAACCCUCUUAGAAGAUAGGCCAGUCUUAAAGGGGCAACACCCUUUUCUCUCCCACGCUCCUGCUCCCCAGCCCUCCUCCAUCCUAGGAUGCUCUACAGGUUGGAUGACCCCGGGAACCACGAACGUGUCCUGGCGGUCAGCCCUCAGCGAAGGCGUGGAUUUUCGAGGGGCGGCGGCCGGAGGACACGCUCACUCAAUGGAUUGGAAUGCCCCUUCGCACUUGCUAAGAGGUCAGAACCGGACCAUAACGACAUCUGACACUUAAAGCUCUCCGGGCCUCGAGUCACUGAACUGCCAUGUCUGGGAAUCCGGUGCCAACCCCAGAACAGAACAGUCAUGUUCUACAGGCUACUAAUCUUAGGCAGUCAGAGAAGAAGUGCUCAUGGGCUUCCUACAUGACAAACUCCCCAACACUUAUUGUAAUGAUUGGCCUGCCAGCCCGGGGCAAGACCUAUGUAUCCAAGAAACUUACUCGCUACCUCAACUGGAUUGGGGUACCCACCAAAGUUUUUAAUCUUGGGGUGUAUCGACGUGAAGCAGUCAAAUCAUAUAAAUCCUACGACUUCUUCCGGCAUGACAACGAAGAGGCCAUGAAGAUCCGAAAGCAGUGUGCCUUGGUGGCCCUACAGGAUGUUAAGGCAUAUUUCACUUAUGAAUGUGGUCAGAUUGCGGUGUUUGAUGCUACCAAUACCACCCGGGAAAGAAGGGACCUGAUCUUGAACUUUGCCAAGGAGAAUGCCUUCAAGGUAUUCUUCGUGGAAUCUGUCUGUGAUGAUCCUGAUGUGAUUGCUGCCAACAUUCUGGAAGUAAAGGUCUCAAGUCCAGACUACCCGGAGAGGAACAGGGAGAAUGUGAUGGAGGACUUCCUGAAGAGAAUUGAAUGUUACAAAGUCACCUAUCGGCCUCUUGAUCCUGACCACUAUGACAAGGAUCUGUCCUUCAUUAAGGUGAUCAAUGUGGGGCAGCGGUUCCUGGUGAACAGAGUACAGGACUACAUCCAAAGCAAGAUUGUGUACUACCUCAUGAAUAUCCACGUCCAGCCCCGCACCAUCUAUCUUUGUCGCCAUGGGGAGAGCGAGUUCAACCUGUUGGGAAAGAUUGGUGGUGACUCUGGCCUCUCGUCCCGAGGAAAGCAGUUUGCUCAGGCACUGAGGAAGUUCCUGGAGGAACAGGAGAUUGCGGACCUCAAAGUGUGGACCAGCCAGCUAAAGAGAACCAUCCAGACGGCAGAGUCCCUGGGCGUGACAUAUGAGCAGUGGAAGAUCCUGAAUGAGAUUGAUGCUGGUGUGUGUGAAGAGAUGACCUAUGAGGAGAUUGAGAAGCAAUACCCAGAAGAGUUUGCUCUUCGGGAUCAAGACAAAUAUCUGUAUCGUUACCCUGGAGGGGAGUCAUACCAGGACCUGGUGCAGAGGCUGGAGCCAGUCAUCAUGGAAUUAGAGCGCCAGGGCAACGUCCUCGUCAUCUCCCACCAGGCUGUCAUGCGCUGCCUUCUGGCCUACUUCUUGGACAACAGUGCAGAUGAGCUACCGUACUUGAGGUGCCCACUCCAUACCAUCUUCAAACUCACGCCUGUGGCCUAUGGAUGCAAGGUGGAAACAAUAAACCUCAAUGUGGAAGCUGUGAACACUCACCGAGACAAGCCUACUAACAACCUCCCCAAGAACCAAACCCCUGUAAGGAUGAGAAGGAACAGCUUUACGCCUCUGUCCAGUUCGGAUACAAUAAAGCGCCCGAGAAAUUACAGUGUUGGGAGCCGGCCCCUCAAGCCCCUCAGCCCUCUCCGUGCCCUGGAUGCUCAAGAAGGGGCUGACCAGCCGAAGACCCAAGUCAGCGUUCCCGUGGUGUAACCGUGUGUGUUCUUCCUCAAACCCAGUCUCUUUCCCCCUUUCACUAAUCACCUAGCACUUACUUUAACGUCCAUAUCUUCAAUUAAUCCUAACCCAGAGCAUGAGACUAUGUUUCUGAACCAGCCAACUUCAGUCAUUCCCAGAUCUGGUGUGACACAUCACCCUGCCAAGGUUUCAACCUUGAUCAAAUUCUAACGGGGCUCUCUUGGGACAGGUAUUUGGGCAUGAGUUUUGGAGGAAGAGAAAAGAAAGUCCCAUGAGAGCGAUGAUUUGGUGGAGUCAAGAUCAGAAGGGACUGAUAAGCACUUUCCAAACACCUCUCUUUCUUUCCCCUAUCAUCAUUAAUGUGCUUUGUUUAUGGGUGUGUGGGGGACACGUGCUGGGCAACCUAUUUUCCUUUACCUUCUAAGUUCUUUUGUUACUGUAUACUAAUGCACUUACUUGCUUUCUUCCCUCUCCCCCCCUCCCCUUUAGGACCCUCCAUUAGACUGUCCCAUUUUUGGCCAUGGUGAUGCAUAGAACCCAUGUGGUACCUGUGGAAGGAACAGAGAGCAGAUUGAAGAGGGAGAUUUGGGCUCUGGUUGGUGGCUCCACAAUGGGGCUUAACCUGAAGGGGCUGCUCCCUUCCCUUGAUCUUUCCACUCAACCCAUGCCCAGUAGUCUUCCUGGCCCACUCCUCAUCCAGGGACCCUUGUUGGGGUAUAUGAGACAUAGCAUCCACAGCCCUGGGGCCCCCACUUCCUUUCACCAGAGCUGAUCCCAAGACCUUUUACAUUGGGAGAGAAGCUAGCUUUUGUGGAUUUGGAUGAUCACUUCCUUGGAUUUGCUUUUCAAUUCAAAAGGGCUGUUAUAAGAGCUGCUGAUGUGUGUUGAAUGGGGGUGGGGAGAUGGUCUGUAUUCUGCCCAAGGCUCUUCUAGGGGAGCACAUACUGAAAAAGGUCUCUCUUUCCCACUGGCUCCCAGGCUUAUUGCCAACAGCAACAGCUGCCCUGCCAAAGCCAGUGACCUCUCUGGGCCAAUUAGAAGGACAGAGCAAGAGUCUGGAACUAUUGGGGAUAUCAAGUGUUCCAACUCUUUGAGGCAACAACAUAUGACUCCUUUCCCCUGCCCUGAAGUAAAUCCUGGGAUACACAGACAAUAAUAUUCAUCAAAUGGAAUAGAUGUUUUAAUACACAUAAUGCAUUAGGAAAAUUCUCCCUUCCUCUCCCACCCCCUUCCUUUUUUGUUUUUGUUUUUCGAAAUUACAAAGGCCUAUUGAAACAGCCUGGUAGUUUUGCUUCCUCUCCUUGGGAUAGGAUAUCAUAUCCACAAGUAAAAAAACACACCCACCAGGACCCAACGGGCUGCCUAGAGGCAUUUGGGCUUCACUUUUCCAAGUUUUAUCUUUAGCAUCUUCUCAGUUUGGGGCCUCUCCUGUUAGCCCCGAGGAAGCUACUUCUCUACCUGCUGUGUUUUAUCUGCUUUCUCAGCUUAGUGCUUGCCCUAGUCAUUUCCUAAUUUGGGUCCUUUUGUGCUUCCUUUCUUCAUAGCUUCUGAGACUAUAUUUACAUUGGAUCCCUGGGCUCUAAUUACCUUUCCCUCUCAUUUCCAACCUCUUUUUCUUUUGGGGAGUAGGUGAUCUUCGUGUAUUUGGCAAGUGUCUUGGUCUAGGGCUGGUAUAAAUGCCACUGCUGUCUGUGGAAUGGGGUGAGGAGACAGUCUCUACACCUCCCAGAACACUUCUGUCCUUUCUUUGUAGGAGAUAUCUGUUUGGGACUAGACAGCUAGAGCAGAUUAUCCAUAGUCAAUUCAGUUUUUCUCUGGUGCUAAUGGGCAGCUUCUUGUGUGGGUCACAUGGAAAGGCCAAUUGGACAGUGAAUGCUUGGGCUAAGCAGCCAACUUCGGAGUCCUAGAGUCUCUUUGGUUAGAUGUUGGUCAAUCAACCAACCAACCAUCAUGCAUUUAUUAAGCUCUUGCUAUUUGCUAGGCACUAUGCUAAGCUCUGGGGAUACAAAGAAAAAGGGGAAGGGGAGUUCCUGCUUCAAGGAGCUUAUAUUCUAAUGUUGGUCUGAAUGGGUCAGAAUUGUAGACUGAAUAUAGACUGAGAGAGCCAGAUAUUUUGAUUGGAUGGAGAGAUCCCAGUAUUAGAAGUGUGCAGUUUGGAAGGUUAGGAGACCCCGUUUCUAGUCCCAAUUCUUACCCUUAUGACCUAAAGCAAAACAUAGUACCUCUUAAGGCCUUCACUGACCCCAUCAGUAAAAGGAAGAGAAUUAUUCCCAUUCCAUUAUAAUGGCACCACAAGUAUUAGAUUCCUUAGAUAAAUAGCUGGUGCUUCUAAGUGGCAGAAGUGCCAGAGAAGGGUGGCAGUUGAGCAGAGCUGAGGUCUCAAGCAGGGGCUCCCCAAAUUUAUGCUCUUUGUUCCUAUUGUCCAAGUGCAUGUGGCAGCCAGUUUCUAGACACAAGUUUGUGCCCUUUUUAAACACAUUCCAUUCCAAGGCCAGAGUUAAGAUAAGUUGACAUUGCUUGUGUAGCCAGCUAACAGUGAGCACUGAGGGCAGAGCCAUGGCUGCCAGGUGCUAUGGAGAGUGUAAGGACACCCUCUUUUUUCUGUCCAUCUCUUCAAGGGUAUGUUAAACAACUCUAAUUAGAAAUGAUUGUAUAUGCACAAAGUAUGCUAAAAGGUAUAAAUGAGUAUAGUACCAGUGCCAGGCAUGUGUGUUGGGGGGGACAUUAAGAUAUAGGGCAGAUAAUUCUGCAUGCCCCUUGUCUAUCACUCCCCUCCCUACCAUACCCUGCCUAGGUGAUAAGUACCUUGGCUAUGGUACUGAGGUUGUUAGAAGUGCCCUGGAAAGAGCCAGGUUUUGUCCCAUGUUAGAGGGAGAUGGGGAGUGUGGGGGUAUGUUUGUGACAGCUUAACUCAAAUAGGUAUGGUUUGGGUUUGGCCAGUUUGACAGCUUUGGUCUGGAGAAGUGUGUAUCCUGAUGGUCCUCUGGGGGUAAGAGAACAAAGCACUUAGCUGUUGAUUAAAGUAAGAGAAUAAGACUUUUUGCCCUUUUGGAGCCUUUUGACAGGAGAGGAAUCAGCGAGACUUGGGCUGUUCCAUGUGUUGUCUUUGUUGAGAUUAACCUUCUAGAAAGAGACUGACAAACCCCACUGAAAUCUCAUCUCUCCUGGCCCUGGAGCUAGAGCUGAGCUAGCUUUUUACUCCAUUCUUCCUGAGUGCCUUCCUAAUGCAGCCUCUUUCAUGAGAGUUAUCUGGGAGUCUCUUUUUUGCCUUCCUACCUCUUCCUCCAUUUUCUUAUGUAUAGAUUUCUGAAUACUCUGACUCUAGUACUGAAGUCUUGAGAAGCAUUAAUGAGAUGGGGGAACUUACAGGACCUUCUCUGAAAAAAAUGAUUGCUGAUACUGCCUGAGAGGAUUUAGAAAAAAUGAUUCUCUCUCUCUCUCCCUCUCCUCCCUCUCCUCCCCCCCCCCCCGCCUCCUUCUUCCUCCCUCCCUCCCUCUCUCCCUUUCCCUCUUUACCCCUCUUCUUUAUUUCUUAUCUGCUGUUACAUGAGAAAUAAGAAAUGUUUUGUUAGGAUUUCCUUUUUUUCCCCCUUGGAAAUUGAAAGUCCUUUUCUUAGCACUUCUCUGUAUUCCUUUUCCCCAAAUUGGAACCUAGUUCUCAAACAUUAGCCUUAAAUUCUUAGAUGCCAUUCUUAUUGGAAACAGCACAGAGAACAACUUUUCAGGGGCAUACAGGAGACUUAAACCACGUAAUCUAACCUACAUUCAUUAUACAUCUACUUUGUUCCAGGCAUUGUGUUAGGCUCUUGUGUUACAAAACAAAACAAAACCAGUUCCCUGCCCUCAAGGAGCUUAUAGUCCAUUGCAGGAGUUUAUAUUACACUGCUGCAAUGUCAUUCCCUAAGUUUCCUUAUUAGAAGUGGGAGCUGGGAUUGAAUGUCUCUGCCCCCCUUUCCAGAUUAGAAAUACUUUGCACUUUAACUGCGGUUCCAGGGCCCCCAUUUGUUGCCCUUAUUUAGACACUGACAUUUUGAAGAGCCAUGUGAUCCAGAUGUUUGGAGAUAAAUGUGCCUUGUGGCUUCUCUGAAGGUCUCCCAGUCCCAGGGAAGACUGCCCAGACAAAAGAGAGGUAUCUGGAUUAUGUUGUGUUAGGUAGGUUCCGUGAGACUUUGCCAGGACCGAGAGAAAGGUAGCAAGCCAAGACCUCUAUGUGUGUUACCAAGAUGUCAGUAAACUCACCAGCUUUUCCAGUGCAAAACAUGGUUGGAUUUUUAAAAAUUUGAAAAAAUUUUUUACAGAGCAAAAAAAGUCACUGAGCCAUGCUGCUUAAAACCAUGAUUUGUAAACAGUGUCUACACUGUCCUGUCCUCUCCCCUUCCCAACCCUGGGGUAGUGAUUUAGACACCAGAUGUUUGUACAAGAGGAAUGUAACCUAAACUCUGAGCAGAGGACUGUUCAGCAAAGCAUCCUUUGUUUUUCUAAAGAAAAAAAAUCACAUAUCUCUGUGCCUAGCUGGCAGCCCUGUUCUAUCGGGUGACUCGAACUGAUUGUUAUUGUGUCUGGGUUGUAAUGCGGCUUCCAUGUUUCAUGUGCCCCAUUGAAUAGAACAGAGAACUCUGCAUUUUCUGCUGAAGGGGUGAAGGUGGAGAGUUGUACACAAUGUAGAAGGUGAUUUUUCUUAAGGUGUCUGUGGUAGCUAAAUUCUCAUCCACUUUAAAAAGUGAGGAUUACAUAGCAACUGUACAGUUUGUGUAUCCACCGACGGAUUUUGAGGCCGGCUUUAGGGGAUGCAUAGUGUAGGUCUGAUGUUACCUCCAAAAUCCAAGGGCUGGAAAGGAACCUUAAGAGGUCAUCUAAUUCCUUGUCUUUAGGCAGGACCACAGGUCAGCAUUGAUUUCUGACCCUGAUUUGUACUCCAAAGCCUAAAUCACAUAAAAAAAAUCAUCCAUUAUUUUUAAACUAGCUAUGGUGAGCCAUUCAGUUCUCCUGUACAGAAUUUCUGUCAUGUUGGUGAAUAUAAAUGCCUAUGUAGGAGGAGAUUUUGCAUUUUCAAGUAGACCUCUUCAAAUGGUAGAGCCUUCCAAAGUGUUGAAUAGGCUCCAGUGAUCUAUGUCAUCUUUACUGACUUCGUUAAUGGUUUUGUAGCUCACUUUCAGUUGUUCAUUUUACGAUGUUGAACCAGGUAACUGGGCCACCUAUCCCAGUGCCUUCGGUUUUGCAACCAUGUGUGAGCACUUGUCCUGUUUUAAAUUCUUCUCAAUCUCUAAGGAUUAUCUAGCAGAGUCCUGCUGUUUGGUAUCUAUUUUAGGAAAAUUUAGCACUAAUUGUGUGUUCUGUGGGAAAAAAAAUGGCUGGGCGGAGGGUGUGCAGAUGAAGUGAGAAUUUCAUCACCAUUGAGGGUGGGGGGUGGUAGGAAGAAUAUAUAUGUGGCCAGUGAAAUGGCAGCCCAGCUAGGAAUGUUCUGCUUUGGGAAGGCUCUCCAGUCUGGCCAUGAAUUUAAGAAUGCCUCAGCAUAGCCCUCUCGCAAAGAAGGAACAUUACCUCAAACAGCAUGAUGUUUGUUCCGGUGACUGACUGAUUUCUCGAUAAUGUCACUUAGAUCAACAUGAGGUGUUUAGAACUGUAUUUGAAAUGUGUGCAUGUUUAUUUUGUUCUUUUGUUUGUCGAAUAGGUAAAUAAAACUGUUGCGUACCUUGAAACUCU